GUCGGGGGCCUGAACUUGCGCCUAAUGGACUUGAUCCCCGCAUGUUUGGAUCUAACUUGUUGUGGCCUUGACAACCAGGAACCCUUGAGCACUUUAUCAGAGGUCAUUCUUUAUUCAAGACCGUUCCAUCAUUACACAGGCACACUUCCAGACUCCCAGCAGUAAGCCGCACGUACAAUUCAUCAUGGAGACACUCCUCUCCCACUCCUUCGACUAUCUCUCUUCCCCUUCUCCUCAGAAAAUCCGCAAAGGCCUGCGCCAGGUCGAAGGCCUCCUCGCGCAACUAUGUCUCUCCAAAACCCCAGCUGCAAACAAGCGACACUCACUGCAGCCAACAUCAUCCCCAAACAGCAAGAAGCUCGGUGAACUGCCAGAAGACCCUGCCUUUCAAGAAUUCUACAAACUGCAGCAGAGCUUCCAAUGGAACAUUGCCAUGAGACUGGUUGCAUGUCUAGAGAGACUACUGGGAAAAGAGAGCAACGGAACAAAUGACAUGUUGAUCAUUCAAACACUGGACCUCAUUCAAGGAGUCCUACUUCUACAUCCCCCUUCGCGAGCGCUCUUCUCGCAGGAGAUAUACAUGAACCUCUUCCUCGACCUGCUCGACCCUGCAAACUGCCCUGCCAUCCAAUCCUCUACCAUCAUGGCCCUCGUCACAUCACUACUGGACCACCCACAGAAUGCACGAACAUUCGAAGCCACUGACGGGCUGUUAGUGGUCACUUCACUGUUCAAAUCACGCAGCACAUCUCGGGAAGUCAAGCUCAAACUGGUCGAGUUUCUGUACUUCUACCUCAUGCCCGAGACACCCGCUCCGAAGACUUCAGCAUCUGCUUCCGCCCCAAACACGGCGAUAUUGGGCGGACGUGGAAAAGAAUUGAUGCAAGCAUUCGACCGGCGGAGGGAGACCGUCAAUGGACCUGACGCAGUCAAGAACGCCAAUGGCAACACGAGGACAACGGAGGAGAAACAGUCUCUAUUGGGCAAGCACUUGAGCAAUGUGCAGGAUUUGGUUGAGGAUCUGAAAGAAGGAGGUGGCGUCUUUGGCGUGGGUGCGAUGUAACAACAGUACUGUCACUGCGGCGUUAAAGAUAUCUGUUUGAGAUACCCAAUGCUUGAAAUGAAUUUGAAUGCAACCUUUGACCAACAUUCUGACUCCCUAUCGGCGCCCGAGAACACACGAGAACACGACAUAGCCGUCGAGAUCGUGCUGUGACUCAUGCUCUCUGAAAGG